AUGUCGCAGCAACAACACCCCUCCCAUGGUAAGGGGCUGGAGGAUGAGAGGAUCGAAAACAUUGGAGACUCACGUCGUGAGAAUCCAACUCAUACAGACGACCAUAAGCAUGACAAGGCCCUGGACCUCAUAGAGGUGGCCGGAGGGUCUCCCAUGCUCACACCCGAGAACAACGCUCAAGUCCUCCGAAAGAUCGAUCUCAGAUUACUGCCCAUUCUCCUGGCAAUCUACUUCCUCCAACAGGUUGACAAGUCGACGCUUUCUUACGCGUCGGUGUUUGGGAUUAUCGAGGACGUCGGCCUCAAGGGGCAGGAGUACUCCUGGCUGGGCUCAGUGAUCUACCUUGCACAGCUCGUGGUCCAGCCGUUAGUGGCAUACAUCCUGGUGAAAGUCCCUCUGGGGAAGUUUCUGGCAUGCACGACGUUCUUAUGGGGCGUGGCGUUGACUUGUAUGACACCGGCAAACACCUUUGCCAAACUGCUUGUCUGUCGACUUUUCCUUGGACUUUUUGAGGCUGGAAUCCCACCUGCUUUCAUUGCGACCACGCAGAUGUGGUACCGUCGGUACGAACAACCAGUGCGUCUUGGUUCAUGGUACGCGAUGAAUGGUGUUGUCAACAUGAUCAUCUUUAUAUUCUUCGGCUUGAUCACAGUCGUCUUCUCCUUUGUCGUUCUGGCCUUCAUGCCAGACUCGCCAUCCAGAGCCAAGUUCCUGGAAGAGGAAGACAAGCUCCUUGCGAUCGAGCGUAUUCCCAGCGGUGGCAUCACGACGUUCGGCCCGUUGAUUGUUAAAUCCUUCGGCUUCGACCAGUUCAAGACUAUCCUCUUCAACAUCCCCUUUGGUGCGGUUCAGCUCGUCGCCACAAUGGGAGGCGCGUGGUUUGCGACGUACAUCAAGAUGAAGGGGCCGGUCAUCGCCCUGCUGUGUCUUCCCGCCAUUGCCGGGUGUGUAAUGCUGCUCCAGAUUCCGCACGACGGCGCGCAUAAGGGGGCAUUGCUUGCCGGGUAUUAUAUUAUCUCUGUUUACCCCGGUAUCACCCCGUUGAUCUACUCCUGGUCGGCAGCCAACACGGCUGGUGAAACCAAGAAGAAAGUGACAAACGGCAUUUUGCUGAUCGGACAAUGUGCCGGCAACGUCGUUGGCCCAAACCUAUACACCACCGAGGAAGCCCCGUUAUACAGACGUGGCUUGCUAUCGAAGUAA